AUGGCACAAUCAGCUUCCGGCGACAUUGUCUGGUCAGCAAUUCAAGAGACGCCGGCGACUGUCGAAGCCUUACGUUCACUAUGUCACAGCAGAGACCAGCUGAAGGAGCAAGGCUAUACUCUCGAGCCCCUUUCUGCAGAUCAAAUCGAGGCCAAAACGAGAUGCGUCAAUUGCAGAGGCGAGAUUGUAUCCCUUUGGAAAGGAGACCUUCUGACCGUGGAACAGGACGAGUCAAACAUCAUCACAACAAACCUCCAUUGGCUCCGAAACCUCCUUCGUCGAAGCCAUCGUCGAACGGGUGCCCGGAAAGAGACGAAGUUGACAUUCACCUGUUGUGGCAAACACGUAUCCCAGCCGGGCUGUGUACAUUCGCGAGAUCACACUCUUCCACCCUCCAACGAACCAUUCAACCGUCAAUACUGGCAACAUUAUCCGACUCCCAGACUUGAUCAGGCAAUGACCCCUCGAUCCAGAAACCGACGUGGCCAGCUUGUAAUGCAACCAUACAGCAUCCACCGUCUGAAUCCAUUCACCGCCAUCGCCCUCGAUUGCGAGAUGGGCGUUUCGUUCUUUGGAGAAUCGGAACUCAUCCGCGUCACAGCGGUCGACUUCUUCAGUGGAAAUAUCUUGGUCGACAAUCUUGUACAGCCGGAGGUCCCCAUGCUCCACUACAACACUCGAUACUCUGGCGUCACUCGAGGAGACAUUCAAGAAGCCAUCCGCCGUGGAACCUGUAUUUUUGGCAAAGACAGAGCUCGUGAGAUGUUGUGGAGAUACGUCGGGCCCGACACGAUCGUCAUCGUCCACGGCGGUCGAGGAGACUUGUCCGAACUCAGAUGGUUGCAUGGACACAUUGUCGAUUCAUUCAUACUCGAGUCGAUGACCGGAGCCGAGGUCAAAGGUGGCAAGUCAUUGAAGAAUCUGUGCAAAGUCAAAUUGGGUAUUGAUGUGCAGCGAAAAGGUCGUCUGGGUCACGACAGUCUCGAAGACGCGAUGGCAUGCCGCGAGUUGGUUAUCGAUUGGAUAGAGAAGAUCGGUCAUAAUUGGUGUGCACCGGCUGAAUAG